UAAUCACACAAAUUAUUAAAUACUACUAGUACCAAUUAUCAAAUUGUCCAAAUAUGGGAUUACCUGUAUCAUAAUCCGACAAGUCGACAACCUCUCCUCCCCAUCUCAUUUCUUAAAACCCAAUUUCCAAACCCCAAAAAUUUCUCAGCUUAUCAUAUUUGGUGACUGUUUUAAGUUGAAAUUCUCCCACUGGAAAAACCCCAAUCAGUACUCAUUUCGAAGUAUUUCAAUGGCUACAGCUACACAACUUACUUGUUCUACCAUUAUUAACGACCUACCUGAUGUGAUCCUUUCUAACAUCAUCGCCGCAAUCUCCGACGUCCGCAGCCGCAACUCCGCCGCCCUCGUCUGCCGGAAAUGCCUCGUCCUCGAACGUUCCACGCGCGUCUCCCUCACGCUCCGUGGCAACGUCCGUGACCUCUUCAUGUUACCCACUUGCUUCAGAUCCGUAACUCACCUUGACCUCUCCCUUAUCUCUCCUUGGGGUCACCCACUCCUCUCUCCGGUCGACGGCGCCGGCGCAGAAGCUGACCCUUCCCUCAUCGCCCACCUUCUCCGCCACGCGUUUCCUUCCGUCACUUCCCUCGUUGUCUACACGCGCCACCCAUUCACCCUCCAGCUUUUGCCUCCUCUAUGGCCCCACCUAAAGGAAAUCAAGCUUGUGCGGUGGCACCAGCGUCCCCAAUUAGCUACUGGUGAUGAAUUUAAUAUGCUAUUUGAGAAUUGCCCACAGCUUAAAUCUCUAGAUUUGUCGACUUUUUACUGCUGGACGGAUGAUAUUCCUACAGCACUUGAAUCUCAUCCUAUGGUUGCUUCUAAUCUCACUAGCUUUAAUCUCUUGAAUUCCAGUUUUCCUGAAGGGUUUAAGUCUGAUGAGAUUAAGGUAAUUACACAAGCUUGUCCUAAUUUGAAAGAGUUUAAGGUUGCUUGUAUGUUUGAUCCUAGGUACAUUGGUUUUGUUGGUGAUGAAGGUUUGGUUUCUAUAGCUACAAACUGUACCAAAUUAUCAGUGCUUCAUUUGGCGGACACAUCAGCUUUGUCCAACUCUAGGGGUGAUCCAAAUGAUGAGGGGUUCACCGAAGAGGAUGCGAAGAUUAGUGUUGGAACUUUGAUUGAGGUAUUUUCUGGUCUUCCAUUACUUGAAGAGCUUGUUUUAGAUGUUUGUAAUAAUGUUAGAGACACGGGUCCUGCCUUGGAGAUUUUGAAUAGAAAAUGUCCCAAAUUGAGAUCGUUGAAGUUGGGGCAAUUCCACGGUAUUUCUGUGCCAAUUGAAUCGAAGUUGGAUGGGGUUGCUCUUUGUCAAGGGCUUCAAUCUCUGUCGAUAAGUAAUGUGGGGGACUUGAAUGAUAUGGGUUUGAUAGCUAUUGGUAGAGGGUGUUCGAGGUUAGCCAAGUUUGAGAUUCGAGGUUGUAAGAAGAUAACUAUGAGGGGAAUGAGGACACUAGCUUCUUUGCUUAGCAGAACUUUGGUUGAUGUCAAGAUAUCUUGCUGCAAGAAUCUUGGAGCCUCUUCUUCAUUGAAAGCAUUGGAACCGAUACAAAGACGGAUACAAAAGCUUCACAUUGACUGUGUGUGGGACAGCGUUGAAGAAUUUGAGAAUCUUGAUGGUAAUGGAUACGGGUUUGAUCUUAACAGGAAUGAUGGAGGGGAGGCAUCAAGCAACUUUGCUUGUUCCGGGGACACAUUUGGAUGCGAGGAAGAUGCUUACAUGUUUAGACAGAAGAAAAGAUGCAAGUUCUCCUAUGAUAUUAAUAGUUUGUAUGAGGAUGUCAAUGGCCAUGGCAAUGGAUAUAGUGGACGAUCAUGGGAUAAGCUGCAAUGCCUCUCUCUUUGGAUUGGUGUUGGUGAGCUUUUGACUCCUUUAACAACUGCAGGUCUUGAAGACUGUCCUAACUUAGAGGAGAUCAAGAUUAGGGUGGAAGGAGAUUGCAGGCUUUGGUCAAAACCUUCGGAGCGGGCAUUUGGACUGAGCACCCUACUACUCUAUCCUAAGCUUUCCAAGAUGCAUUUGGAUUGUGGAGAUACCAUAGGUUAUGCACACACUGCGCCAUCAGGGCAGAUGGAUUUGAGCUUGUGGGAGAGGUUUUAUCUGUUUGGGAUUGGAAAUUUGAGCCUUGCCGAACUAGAUUACUGGCCACCUCAAGAUAGGGACGUUAACCAAAGGUGUCUAUCCCUACCAGCAGCUGGGCUGCUACAAGAAUGCAUCACACUCAGAAAACUGUUCAUCCAUGGAACAGCGCAUGAACAUUUCAUGAUGUUCCUUCUUAGAAUCCCAAACAUAAGAGAUGUACAACUGAGAGAGGAUUACUAUCCAGCACCAGAGAAUGACAUGAGUACAGAGAUGAGAGCAGACUCCUUGAGCCGCUUUGAAGCUGCCCUAAACAGGCGCCCAAUAUCCGAUUGAUGCAAGGAACACAAUGCGCACAUAAUGUUCCCAUAUCCAGUGCUUCAAUAGUUUUCUUUCGUCAGAAUAUGUAUUAAAUUUUCAGAUCUCUUUAUAUGCAUUAAGGUUUGUGCAUUGGUUAUUGAUGCAUUCCGACGCAAAUUGGGAUGAAGAGGAUGAUAUGGGUCCAAGUUUUGCUUGUAGAGUGUGGAAACAGUUAAACGAACUCUGCUUUUGAUUUUGCAAAAAGGCUGAACGUCUCAACUAUAUUUCUAUAAACACGAUAUUUUUCUUAAACUGGAAAAUCACACAGAAGUUACAAUUUGAGCCGGACAUUGUUAACACCUCUACCAUGUGUUUCUGUACAGACAAAA